AUGAAGGCGAAUGCUCCAGAUGCAGCUCCACUGGAGCCCCUGGUCAAUAGUAUUGUAACCACGACAAAGCAGAUGCCAGGAGACUAUGACAUUGAAUACGCGUCACCUUGGGCGGGAGCAGCCUUUCAACCGUAUAUUUUAGUAUGUCCGAAGAAGAAGACAGCAGAUGGGAACGCCGUACUUGGCCAGAGCUGUCACAGCUGGCAUCGUCUGUCCCUGAAGCUGGUAUCCAUUUCCAGAGAACUCACAUCUAACGCCAGAACAAAGACUUUGAAGGCGAUGACGUGCCUUUUGGACCACUUUUCUCUCCAAACUCAUGGCUUCGUGGUCUAUUCUCGGACUACCGCGACCUUGAAACAAGAGGAACUUCCCAAGGGAGUAGACUCUGGUUUUAAGUACACAGGUGUCUGCAUCAACACAUCUCUUUAUCUGCCCUGGCUACUUGGUCAAUGCAGAGCUCAGGGGGUUAUUCUCAAGCGUGGUGCAGUCUCUCAUAUCGACGACCUAAAGACGAUGCACCACAGCGGAAAGCCUGCCGACGUCCUCGUCAAUGCUUCCGGUCUUCUGGCUCGUGAUUUAGGGGGCGUUCUCGAUAAAUCCGUCGUCCCCAUCAGAGGUCAGACUGUCCUGGUGCGGAAUGAAGCAGGACCUCUCUACAACAUAUCGGGAACGGAUGACGGAGAUGCCGAAAUCUCGUAUUUGAUGAUGCGCGCAUCUGGAGGAGGUACUGUGUUGGGCGGCACUUACGACAAGGGAAAUUGGAGCCAGGAGCCUGAUAUGAACAUCGCCAAGCGGAUCAUCAAGCGUUGUGUGGCGUUGUCUCCUCAGCUUGCGAAUGAAAAGGGGGUAGAAGGUGUCGAAAUCAUAGGACACGGAGUUGGCUUGCGGCCCUGGAGAAAGGACGGUAUCCGACUGGAGACGGAUUUCGAUUUUUCAACAAAGGAAACUCUAGUGGUCCACAACUAUGGACAUGCUGGCUGGGGAUACCAAGGCUCUUAUGGUUGCGCUGAGUACGUGGUUGAGCUUGUCGAAGGUUUCCAGAAGGAUAGAAACGUCGUCGAUGAGGCAAAACUUUGGAGGUUCUUGCAUUUAUUAAGCUCUGCAAUAGUCGAGCGAAGCACCAUACCUUAG